AUGCCAGCCGUCAACAUUGCCGUCAUCGGAGCAGGUGUCGUGGGUUCAGAACUCAUCAAUCAAUUGUCUCACCUCAAAAGCUACAUCAACUACAAUGUGGUUUUGUUAGCAGAGUCAGGCCAUGCCCUUAGAAGCGAUGAUUUCUCACCAUUGGACCUCAGCUCGUGGGCCAAGAACUUGAAAGCAUCAACUGUGCCAGGAAUGAGCACCACGGAGAUCGCCGACUUCCUCAAGAAGUCGCCUUUACCAACUAUUGUCGUUGACAACACUUCAAACCAGGCAAUUGCCAAUUCGUACCCAAUGUUUAUCAAGCAGGGCACAUCUGUGGCCACACCCAACAAAAAAGCAUUCUCGAGCAACAUCAAGCUCUGGAAUGAGAUCUUUGACUAUGCCGGAAAGCCAGGCUACGGUUUGUGCUACCAUGAAUCGUCCGUUGGUGCAGGUUUGCCAUUAAUCACUCCCCUUAAGGAGAUGCUCGAGACAGGAGAUGAGGUUAUCAAGAUUGAGGGUAUCUUCUCGGGCACACUCUCGUACAUUUUCAACGAGUUCUCGACCGUCAAGCCUUCGGAUGUCAAGUUUUCGCAGGUGGUGAAGGUUGCAAAGCAGAAAGGUUACACAGAGCCGGAUCCAAGAGAUGACUUGAACGGUUUGGAUGUUGCCAGAAAAGUGACCAUCUUGGCCCGGAUCUCCGGUUUGCCUGUGGAGUCACCUGCCGCCUUCCCGGUGCAGUCUCUCAUUCCAAAGGAGUUGGAGUCUGUUUCGUCCGGAGACGAGUUUUUGGACAAGUUGCCUCAGUUUGAUGACAGAAUGGAUGCUCUCAGACAGGAAGCUGCCAAGGAGGGCAAAGUUUUGCGUUUCAUCGGUACUGUUGAUGUGCCAAACAAGCAGACAUCCGUGAAAAUCCUUAAGUAUGAUGCCUCGCAUCCAUUUGCUUCCCUAAAGGGCUCGGACAACGUGAUUUCGAUAAAAACCAAGAGAUAUCCAAACCCGUUAAUUAUUCAGGGUGCCGGAGCAGGUGCUGCAGUUACGGCAAUGGGUGUUUUGAGUGAUGUCAUCAAGAUUGCACAGAGGGUUGCAAGGGAUUAA